UCGUCACCAUUUCCUCACACUCCCCAGUCCGUUUUCUCGAACAUCUAAUAUCCGAUAUCUUUUUUUUCUUCUUCUUCUGAUAAUCCUCAUUUGCUUACAUAUAACUCAUAUCUCUUCUUCCCCUUGACACUCAUUACUCAUUGAUACAUUCUUUCACCUUUUCCCUUAUCUUCACGCGUUUUUUUUUUCUUCCUUUUUUCCUUACAGGCACAUCCUCUUCCUCCUCGCCCUCUUACGUCGUUGUUUGCCUGCGAUUGGUUCAACGCACACUGGCUCAUUCGAGUUUUAUUAUUAUUGUUCUCUUCGUCUUCGCUGGCUUCAUUGCUUCAAUACUUGAUCUUCAAAUCAUUUCACUCGUACAAUGGGCAGCAACCUCAGGCCUGAAGAGCAUUCGACCUCCUUUUACCCUAUUCCUCCUCCCAGAUCAAAUUUCCACUCCGACGUCAUUCAUAGCAUGACAGGCGUAUCUCGGUUCCGAAGAUUUACUCGCUCCCACCGCAAGCAUCAUCAUCAUCAAGAAAAUAUUGAGACUGAUUCUCCUUCACCUACUACGCCGCAGACUGAAUUGAUAUCCAGCCAAUCGUCUAGUUUGGAAUCAAGAGACAUCUUUCAUCACACAACUCCAGUCAAACUCGAUUCUGCUGCUGGUGCCACAGGUACAUCCGUUGCUCAACUACCCGGCCGACACUUGAUUGUACCACCCUGGCUAGCCAUUGUCGUAUGGCUGGCUAUUUUGUUUUUCGUAGGAUUGACAGUUGCUGGAUUUAGUUUGAGCUACCAAGCUCGGAAAGAGUUCCGGAUGCGAGUCGAAGAACAGCGCAAGGCCCAAGAGGAAGCCGAGCAGCAAACAUCAGAAUGCAAGAUUCCGAUAACUCGCAAAGAAUUCAAAUCAUUCACCAGAAAAUCUAUCAUGGUCCUGAACUCCAAUUCCCCUCGAGGCCAUCAUCCUCAAACCAACUCGGUCUAUAGCAUAGAUAAAUCUGGCGAACUUCGGCCUCGUAACAUGUUUGACCGCCCGCCUAGGGAUAGUAUCCUGGUCGCCGAGAUCACCGCACCUGGUCAAUUCUCUGGUGAUGAUCCAUUCUAUGAAUUCUCUCGGCAGAUGACGCGAGAAGGAUUAUGGGAUCUAGCCGCGAGAAAGUCUAAAGCUAUCUCGGUUGUUAGCCUGUCAUCUAUGAUGCCUAAAAUAGGAAGAAGGAAUUCCAAUCGCUUUACGAUGAUGGAUCUAGCUGAGGAAGAACUGGACGAGCAGAACUAUCACUCCAGUCCGCUCAAAGAGAACCUCGCAAGACCUUCCAAUUCCAGGGCCAUUAGGUUCCUCGAAUCCUCUGAAGGUGCAGACUUGAAAAUAGAAGACCACAUGGUUCAGCCUAAUAGGUUUAUCCCACCUGUGCCAAAAGUGCCUGUUCAAUUUGUUAAUGAGCGGCCAGACUCCGGCGAAAAAUUAUCAUCCUUCAAUGACAUAUCAUUCCUGUCGCACAAGGAAGACAAACAAUCGUCGUACUCGGAUCAAAAUAGUCCUUUAUGCACCAGAAUUUACCCUCCUCAACGUACAACCUCUCGACGCGGUAGAGAAGCAGAAGAGUCCACUCAUCUUGAACGUGCCAACUCGCAAUCCACGUCAGUCGAUGUGCUUUCUCCGCCCCAAAGAAGCACAUCCCUACGCAAGAAAGGACCAAGGAUCAAUCAUGAACAAUCUGGACACCAUGACCACGAGGAUCCGGAGACUACCGACGCCAUCGUGAGGGCUACCACCCCUUUUGGUGAUGUGUCCCCGGAUGAUGCAGUCGCGCAAUACGCAUCUACCCGAGCCGCCAGCGUCUCCCCUCUACCGACAUUGAAGCACAGCAAAUCCAGUUCCAUGUUGGGAUUUAUUCUUCGAAGCACAACACCGACACCUCAUUCUUUAGAUGGACGUGAGUCGCCGGCUUACACGGGUCACUUGGAAUCAAUCACCGAGCCACUGCCGAUGGCUGGAAGAAGUCAAGAGUCGCAAGACCCGCCGCUCGCUCGUCUUUCGUUAUCGGAAAGUGUAUUAGAUGAUUAUUGCAAGCCUUUUUCAGUGAUCUUUGAAGAUGAAGACGAGGACGAGGACUACUUCAACCCGCCAAGGCCUCACCAUACGCCAUACAUGCCCAGCAAUUCGACCUUCUGGGAUAACAACCCCUCAGGAAGAUCGCCGGACACAGAGAAUAUCCCACUCCCGAGGAGAUUACCUCAGGCAGCAUUAGCUCGCACAUCCAGCCAUAAGAGUCGACUACGCUCGCAUACCGCCACCUCGCCGGAACUUACAUCUGUCGCCAUGACAUCCACAUCCUCAACUCCUAAGACACCUUCCUCUUCCUCAUUCGGCGCCAGAUCAAGGUCGGCCAGCUCUGGAGCCCAAGGCUCCGAAACCUCCCCACACCGCUCCAUCAACCAUCUUUCAUCAUCCCACGACCCACCAUUGACGCUCAAACGGAACCCAUCCCUGUCGACUAAUCCCUACGGCCGACGGAGGAAACAGCAAGACGACUCGUCCCUUAGUCGGCAACUCUCCGGAUCUACGCGUCGUCACACUGACCGUCAGGAUGGCCCCUCGGGCCAGCAGGAUGACUCGUACCAGCAGCCCUCCACAUCUACCCGUCGUCACACCGAGCGCCAGGAUCGCUCCACCAAACGUCAUCCACCACACUCCAGAACCCCACGCGGUUCCACUCAAGACCCCAAAAGCCCUGACCCGAGCGCACCUAUUCGAAGGGCCGUAUCCGCUCAGGCAAGAAUCCCACUCUCAGGUACUAUGUCUUCGGGUGGAGUCCGCAAUUCGUCAUUUGUUCCUUAGCCAUCUUGAUUGCUGGCUCACAUGACUUCAUAUUAUUCGUCACCAAUCCAAUGCAACUCCUUCGCACUUUUUAAUCAAUCUUUUACACUUGGUUGCAUUUUUUGCAUUUUUUUAUACAGAUUUCUCGGUUUGAAUUCCAUACAAUAAAAGCUGUCAUUUUUAUUUAUUUAUUCUAUAUUUCUGGCAAGGGAGGGGGUUACCAAAUAAUGUCUUACCGUCAUUACUUACUAGACGUUUUCUUUCAUUAUUGAAACGAAUGUAUUUUUUAGACUUCAACAUCCAUACAACCAUGCUUGCAUGCUCGUUAUUCCGCUCCUUAUUUUCAGUCGUCCUAUGGUUACCCCUUCACGCCCACAUGUCACAUAUACUACACACAUUGUUCUUAUCGAACCCUUCACGCAAACCAUACGCUUUUUUUGAAAUUCAGAAAUGCUCUACUUGAAUA